AUUGGGAGGAAAACUUUUCCACCGAGCUUCUUGUGCUGCUACACCGGGACGCUUCGGUCCAGUUGGGAGCUUUGGAGGAGCCGUAAUGGGAGGAUUAUUAUGCGUUUAAAGGCUGCGCCCUUUCCACGCUGCCUGAGUGUCCAGGGACAUGAAACUCAAUCCCCAGCAAGCUCCUUUGUAUCAGGGUCGGUGUGUCGUCACAGUGCAGCUUUCUGAUGAAGAGCUGGCUGCAGAUGAUGAGGGCGUGGACUACUUUCUGCUGUUUGCCGGCAGCACACAGAGACAUCUAACCAGCACCCUAAGGAGCAGCCAUGACACCUUACAGGCAUUAUGUCCCGCUCAUGACUGCUGUGAGGUGGUGUUGGUCACCUUAUGUUCAGCCACCCAAACUACCAGUGGGAGCUCGGAGGAGCCAGCCUCCUGCCUGGCUUGCGUGGCUCCAGUGGCUGAGCAUCCAUUCAGCUUUUUCCAGGAUUUGGCUUUUGACAUGGCCCAGUUUUUGGUGAGCGCAGCAGGCAGAGCUGAUGGCCUUGAUGGGGCCCUGCUCCUGGACGAGUGUCAGAUUCCCCUGCAAGAGUGCGAGCGCCUGGAUGAGAGCCUGGCACUGGCCCUCCACCACCUCCAGUUGCCUCCAGGAUGGAGCCUACUGGGAAGCAAACCGGCCAACAGCUCUGGCCCGAGCCCUCAGGAGACUCUGCUGCAUUUCUCAGCACGCCGCGGCCUCUCUCGGGUGACACGCUUUCUGCUGCGGCAACCAGGAGCCAGGGAAGCCCUUCAGCUGGUCAAUAAAGAGGGACACACCCCAGCUGCUCUAGCAACGCAGCGUGGACAUGAACAUCUCCAUGAACUCCUGUCCAAGACGGAGACGGACCCGGAGACGGACGAGGUGCCUGAGACUCUCCAGCUGGUGUCUGCAGACUGUCGAGUGUGCUGCAACUCCCCAGUGUUGAACACACACACUCUGACGGUGAGCAUCCGCCCCGGACGCCGCGCUCCGACCCUUCAGGAGAGCGUGGAGUAUCUUCUGCACCUAUUGAACCACCUCAAAGCAAAGGGACUUUCUGUGUUGGAGCUACAGUUGGACUCGCUGCACACAGCUGCUGAAUGUCGUGACGGCGAGACAACCGACUUACUCCUGCAGCCGUCCUUAACGUCAGAGUGCCAGCUUACAGAAACCAAAGAAAGUGAGGGGGAAAGCGUCAAAGAGGAGAGAAACAACACUGUUGUUUGUGAGCUUAGGGAGAGUUGUAACUUGGAGACGGAGGGCAGUUUCCCUCCACCGUCAGAAAUCCCUCCCCUGCAGCACGGCCUCGACCCCGAGGCGGACGGGGUGUGUCUCUGUCUGAACUCUGAGGGAGAGGGCUGCCAGACAGACCAGGAGGGGAGCCCUGAUUCCAGUUCCAGUUUGAAUUUGUGUGACAGGAGUGAAAGGGCACAGGGUGAGGCUGAAGGGGAAAACAGCGCUGUGGGAAACGUCCCAGCAGAAGGCUGCGGUAAACAGGCAGAGGAAGCUGACACAGAGGAGGCUGUGAUCCGGGAAGAACAGAAGGCCACGGAGGGAGAGGAGCAGCCUGAGCAGGAAGCAGGAGACAGAACAGCCACGAGGAGGGAGGAGGAGAGCGGAUCAGAGACAUCAGCAAGCGGAGACACAGACUGCUCAGUCAUGGGCCAGUCUCCGCUGUCAGGGAGCUCCGAACUUUUAAUCACCUGUGAAUCAGAAGCAAAGCAAAGAUCUCUGGAAGGAGAGAACACUGAGAACGAACACAGAGAAGUUACCCAGGAACCUUUCAACAGGCCCAAUCCAGAGGAAGAGGAUGAUGGGAGGGAAGAGUUAAAUGGCUCCGUAUCAACCCCGGGAGACCCUCCCAACCCACCGCUGAUAGUCUGCGGUGAUGUAAUAGAGCAGCAUGAAUCUGCUGUUCCACAGCUCCUGAUAGAAGGCCUCCAUGAGGGGGAACCUCCGCCAGACAUAAACAGCCGAGAACAAAACCAGGAAACAGCUGGUAGGGAUUAUAAAGCCGAGCAGGAGCUGGGCUCAGCUCCAGAAGCUGCUUGUCAUUCCGGGAAUCGUGCUGAAGCUGCGAGCGGCGAGGAGCCAGGCGGCGAAGACGCAACUGAACCCCAAGAUAUAGCUUUGGAGAAACCUGAGAAUUUGGGUUUUUGCAUGGCUGACGGCUCCAGAGAGGAAUCACAGAUUGACCAUUUCUACUCGGAGGCUUCAUCGGAAAACAUGCUGACUAAAAAGAAGGCUGACCACGACUCAGGCCUGGUACACCGCGUCUCAAGCGAUGAGGAAGGCAGUUUCAGAUCCUGCGGAAGCUCCUCGACAGAAAUAUUUCACCCUGCUCAGGACAACGGCACCAGAGAGGAGGGAGAUCUGCUUCCAAACGCCACUGUAGAAAUAUCCUCAACAGGAUGUAUGGAGGACCCAACUGAUCUGACAUCACUUUGUCACGAUGGCUCAUUAGGUGGCGACAGCGAUCUCUCUUUGGAUUCUGUUAUUGUCGGUUCCCUGACGCCUACAGAUGGUAGUAAAAACGGCACAGAGUCUGAAUCCAGUCGGUCAGCCGACAUCCACGCAGUGGAGGAUUUGACUCCUGAGUCCAGCGAGGAAGUACUCCCAGAACUUCCUGAACAGGAUUCAGUUUCGGAUCCAGCUGUUUCAACGGCAGAGGAUUCUCCAACAGACAUCAGGGAGUCCUGCACCUCUGAUUUGAACGCUGAGGUUGACUGUGACGCAUCAAAGAUGUCUGUGGGAGAGAAGGACGAAGCCAACGGUCCCGUUAAUGAUGAUCAACAGAUGGAUGUGGAUGAUAAAUCGGAUGCAGUAGAGGAAAGUGGAAAUGUCCCGAAGCAAAUUGAACAGGAAGACUCGGAGAAGACGGUCUCAGCAGGAUCAGCUGAGAAUACUUUAGCCGUCUCGUUAUCACAGGACCCUGAUCCACUGUCAGACACCGUGGAUGCUCACCUCGUGGAAGUAGAACCCCCUGCUGCUGUCGCUGAAGUGUCUCUGGAUCAGAUGGCUGACGGCCCAAACGCUGGCGACGCUGUGGAUGCAGCGCUGGAGAGCUGUGCCGCCGCACACCAAGAGGUGGACAUCGCCAAAUCUGAGGAGGCCGUCAGACACACAGAGGAGGAAGAAACUGGUCCAGCAAAGGAAGCGGACUCCUCCACAAUCCACAGAGACAGAGAGGCGUCCUUCCAUCAGACUUGCAAGCUUCAGCACUCAGAAUCCUCAACAUCUCCAGCCUUUCCCAGUUUGCCCAGCAGAACCAGCAGUUCCACCAGCUGCCCGUCGUCCACUCACAGAGAUUCUGGCAGUGACAUUGAAAGCCUCCUGAGUGCAGAGCCAGAGUAUGACACCAUCUUUAGAAAGGGCGAUGAACGGGUGACCGGAGGAGACAGCACCAGCGAGGUCUCCGUCUCCUGCUCCUCUACAGACGACACGGCGAGCAUCGGCCCGUCCAGUUCCAGUCCUGAAGGCAGCCAGGGCUUAGGCGGCAGCUGGAGCCCAGAGGAGGGCGUCCAGCCUGAAGCUACUACCACUGAAGGGCAGGAUACCUCUGGAGGAGGAGGAGGAGGAGGAGGGGUGGACGCUGAAGAGGAAGCAAAAGACAGAGUGAGCGAGGUACCGCGGCGUUCCUGGAACAGCAAACGCUCUCUGUCGCCCCUUCGCCGCCACAGCUGGGGUCCAGGAAAGAACAACGGAGGAGAAUCAGAGAUGAACCAGCGGAGUUCCAUCCGUAGCCCUGGUGAGGGGAAGCCGGCCUUUCACAGGAGAAGCUACAGCUUGGAAGGGCUCAGUGGGAUCCAGGAAGAGCUGAGAGGCUCCACCAUCCAAGAGCCCUGCAUCCUGGAGCAUUCGAGGAUGCCCCGACAGAACAGUGAUGAUAGAGGUUCCCUGGUGUCUCUGACGGAGGAGCAAGAGGAGCGGGAGGACGACAGCAGACUUCAUGUACAGAAAUUAAGGCGGUAUCGGCCGCUAAGAAGCAGCUGUCCGUCGAUGACCCUUCCCCUCACAAAGUCCGUGUCCAUGGUAACCAUCAGCCAGAAAGACAGCGAUGGCACAAGGCUGUUUUCAAGCACGUCUGGCUCCGUAGCAUACAGUAUAUCGGAAGAAGAGCCUGGGCCUCUGCGGAGCGACACAGAGGGAAAAAACACCACAAAAGUCAGCCGGACAUUCAGCUACCUCAAGAGCAAGAUGUACAAGAAGACGCGGGAAAAAGAUCGAGACAAAAGGGACAAGGACAAAGACGGCAAGGAGAAAGACAAAAAGGCUGUGAACGGACAUCUGUUUACAGCAGUCAGCUCCAACCAGUCCAUCCAGUGCUCCCAGUGCAAUAGAGCUUUUAAUGGCAAAGAGGCGUUCUGCUGCACAUACUGUAAUGCAUCCGUCCACAAGGGCUGCAGGGACAGCAUGCCUGUUUGUGCCAACGUGAAGAUGAAGUUGCCCAAACAGCAGUUUACAGUUCCAGAUUCCAGCACUCAGUGCUCAGUUCCUGCCGUCACAAUGAGGAACAAAGCUGGUGGGACGAGGGACCAUCCUCGGUCGGCCGUCUUAAGCCCUGAGGACAGCUUUCCCCUAAGGAUCCCAGCAUCCAGGAGACACACCAGCAUCAUGACUUUCCCUGGAAACAAUCUGUCCAAGAGUCUCUCAAUGAGCAACAUAGCAGGUCCAUUUGACAAGAUCCCCAUUAAAGGCCUGCAGUACCUUUCACAGUCCAUGGACACACUCAACAGAACCAACCAGGUCACAGAAUCCAUGGAGUCUCUCACCGACGAAGGAACAGAGAUGAUGGACGCGCAGCUGCUGGGGGAGUUCGAGGAGAAUGCCAAAGAGUUUGAGGCAGACUCUUGGAGUCUGUGUGUGGAGCAGCAGUACCUGCAGCAGCAAAACAAAGAGCUGGUCAAGAGACAAGAUGUCAUCAACGAGCUGAUGCAGACUGAGUUGCAUUACAUGCAAACGUUGUGCAUCAUGUCUGAAAUAUACAGCAAAGGCCUGCAGAAGGAGGUUCCUCUGGAUCAGCACACAGUGGAAAGGAUUUUUCCAGUAUUGGAUGAUCUCCUAGACCUGCACGACCAGCUCCUCCAACGACUCUUUGCCCGAGAAAAGGAGAGCCAGCUGGAAGCGGGAGGGUCGGAGGGAAACUUCAUCAUCAACAGGAUAGGAGACAUUCUGGUCAGCCAGUUCUCGGAAUCCAAUGGGGACUGUAUGAAAAAAGUUUAUGGGAAAUUCUGCAGCCGUCACAACGAAGCCAUCAACGUCUACAAGGACCUCAUGAACAAAAACAAAAACUUUAAAAACUUUAUCAAGAAAAUGAGAAGUAGCAGCACUGUGCGGAGGCUUGAUAUCCCAGAUUGCAUCCUGCUGGUGACCCAGAGGAUUACAAAGUACCCUGUACUGAUUCAGAGAAUUCUGUUGCACACUAAAGAAACAGACGAGGACUACGACGACCUGAACGAGGCCGUCCGGUUGGUGAAAGAGGUGAUCGCCGCAGUCGACAGCAAGGUGAACGAGCACGAAAAGAGGCGCCGUCUGAAGGAGUUCCACAGCCGCAUGGACAGCAAGUCCAUCAUGAUGUUCAAAAGCGGCCAGCUCUUCGCCAGAGAAGACCUGCUGAGGCGGCAGCUGAUCCACGAUGGAGCGCUGCAGCUGAAGAACACACAAGGAAGACUAAAAGACGUUCAGGCUCUGCUCCUAUCAGAUGUUUUGGUCUUCCUUCAAAAGAAGGGCCAAAAAUAUGUCUUUGCCAUGCUGGACCAGCGCUCCACGGUCAUCUCCCUCCAGAAGCUAAUCGUCAGGGAGGUCGCCAACAAAGAGCGUGGCUUCUUCCUCAUCACAGUGGGUACAGAGAAGCCGGAGAUGAUGGAGAUCCUGGCCAGCUCCAAGGAGGAACGCAACACCUGGAUGCAGCUCAUCCAGACAGCCAUGCAGUCUAUGGACAAAGACGAAGAUGAGGGGAUCCCCAGUGAGACGGAGGAUGACAAAAGACAAUUGGAGAGCAAAGCCAAAGAGAUCAGAGAUAUGUUGAAACAGAAAGACACAGAGAUUAUCUCUCUGUUGGAGGAGAAGGUGCGGCUCUUCAGGGAGAUGUGGGAGGGCUUUAGCCCCAGCGAAGAGGCCUGCAGGCAGGUCGAGCCUUUUUUCAGGUCAGCCUGCAGCCAGGAGCCGCCUCAGGGGGCGUCUAUCAUGAAAGAUGCUCUGCAGGAAGUGGAGACGUUGCAGGCGCUGGUAAAUGGCAGCCUGGGGGGAGCAAUGGCCAGCGUACACGAGGGGGGAGGCGCUGGGCCGGUGUGUCUGCCCCGCCGCGCCGAGACCUUUGGAGGCUUCGACAGUCACCAGAUGCACGGCAGCAAGAGUGGAGAAAGAGACGAGAGCGAGGACACAGCGGGGGAGCUACGCAGGACAGAGUCUGACAGCGUUUUGAAGAAGGGAGGAAACGCCAACCUGCUGCAGCUGCUGAAGAGGAACAGUGAGCAGGUCCUACACAGCGUCUCCAACCUGCAUCUCCUGCUCAGCACUCUGCAGGCGGUGGUGGUCCAGCAAGACAGCUACAUCGAAGACCAGCGGCAGGCCCUGAGCGAGCGUUCCUCCUCGUGCUCGUCCUUGUCAUCACGGCAGUCCUCCCGUCCCAGCUCCCUGAUUGAGCAAGAGAAGCAGCGCAGCCUGGAGAAGCAGAGGCAGGAGUUGGCCUCCCUGCAAAGGCAACAGGCUGCUCUCGCCGAGGAGAGGCGGAAGAGGGAGAAGGAGUGGGAGUUGAGGGAGCAGCAGCUUUCUGAGAGAGAGUCGGCAGUGCACUCACAGGAGGAAGAGGUGCAAAAACAACAAAAGCAGCUUGAGGAUGAGAAGAUGGAGCUGCAGAGCAAGAAGGAAGAAUACCAAAGAGACCUGGAGAGGCUGAGAGACGCCCAGAGGAAGCUGGAGAAGGAGAGGGAGGCUGUGCAGCGGCAGAUCCACAGGAUGGAAGAAAUGCGGCUGUCUGAGAGAACACCCUCCACAACGUCCGACGAAUCCCUGUUCCUCGGCAGCUCUCAGUCCCUGGAGCUGGACCCACUGGAGCUCUCCUCGUCCUCCUCCUCAUCCUCCACUCUCCCCAGGCUGCAGCCCCAGCGCUCCAAAACCAGUAGGAAGGGCCUGAAUCCCUUCACCUCGUCCUCUGGCAGCCUCAAGAGCAGCGAGGCCAACAACCAGAUCUCCAAGGGCUUCCUGCAGCUGACCAAGACCAAGAGCAAAGACGGGAAGAAGAAGAAGAAGAACAAAGGUGGUAGCGCGCAGGCGGCAGGUAGGGAAUGACACUCAACACGUUCCGGAGCCCCCCAUGGACGGAGAGAUCUUCUUCUGCUAAGGCGCAGUGCCGUUACCCCCUCCUGCUCUUCCUCUUCAUCAUCACUAUGAACGUGUCGCAUCACUCUGGCACCUGGAGAGGAAUCCUUUCUGCACAUUUGACUGUUGGAAUGGUUUUGCUCUAAAGAAGCACCUUUAAGGCUUUUCUAAGCUGGUACUGGUUUUCAUUAGCGUGAUUCCCAUGUUAUGUUUUGUUGAAUUAUCAGACAUAAAAAGAAAUAAAAUGUGCUGCAGGUUCUUUAAAAGAUGUAGACGUUUUUAAAUCAAAUGGGAAAUAAGAAAACUAAAAGAUUUCUGCAAUUUAUGCAUCAAAGCAACAAACCACUGCUUUUAUUCUGUGCAGAGUGGAGGAUUUUAGGAGUUUUGGUAAAUUUGCAGGUCUGAGUGUUUUUAAUUCUUCAAGCAAACCUUUAGAGUGUUUUCAUUUGCAGCAAUCAGACAGCUUACUGUGAACAUUGCAUGCCCCCCCCCCAGCUUAACAACCUGCAUCGGAGGCUCCUCUGCCUCUGUGCUCCUGCUCUGCGUGCUCGGAUGUGGAGGGCUGCUCGUUUCCCAUCGGCUAGACCUGUUUCCAGGCGACUUCUGCCUCGCAGCGCAGCGACACCCAGUCGAUUCACAAUGCCACUCAGAAACAGAUUAGAAUAUGAGCUGACUCUGUGAGGCACCGGAACGUCCUCGACGCUAAUCACAUUCAUUAACAGCUAAUUGAAGACUGAAACCACUGAAGGGCCCCUCUGUUGUCCUGGCAACAUUUCUUUAUUGCGGGAGCUCAGCGCUGUCCCUGUGUUUCACUCCCACAUCCGCCCUCACACAAGCAGCCCGAAAACAGCAUUAGAUUACAACCACUCUUUUUUUAUCGCCACCUGAUUGUAAACAAAAUGGCGAAUGAUGAGUAAACUAAUCCCCCCCGCCAUGACUUUCCACCAUCCAUCAUGAUUCCUGAUGAGGUUUUAAUUUAUUUAAAUGAGGUAUGUCUCCAUUUUGGAGUGAAACUCUUCAAACUUCCACAGUAAUGAAAGGAUUGAGACACGUAUUAUCUCUCCAUGUCAAAUGGCUCAAUUCAUAUCCUUUUAGUGUGUUGUAGAACCUUGGAUGGAUAUUAGCUUGAUCCUCACGUUAUCCGCCUGUCGAUGAGCAUUUAUGCAGCCCUCAUCUUUCAUCCGAGCCCAGACAACGGGAGGGGAGGGGGGGGUCCUUUCCUUGGUGUUUUAAUUGCAUGUAACGCCGCAGGUAGCAUACUAAUGGCUGCUGUUAAAGAGUUCAACGAUCUCUUUCUUUUCUGCUCCUUUUGGCUCUGAUUAAAAAGUCUGCAGGCAGAAGCGGCCGACGGUUUGAAAAAGUGAAAACGGUUGAUAAAGAGAGGGACGAAAUAUGCCUGUUGAUUUUAACGGCUCAAACCUUUCAUCAUUUCAUGUAGUUACUCAGUGGUUUAAGGACUUUGGUCCCAGAACAUUAAUACAUCUUUUUUUUUUUUUAUUGUUUUUAUUUUUAUUUUUUUUUAACUCAACAAUGAUCCAAAGAGAGGUGAUGCAUUUAAGGUCAGAACAGAUGCAGUUUUUUUUGUUAAGUUUGGGUGUUAAAAUAAGAAUGUAGAUUAUCUGUGCAGAUUGUCCGAAUGUUUUAAUCCUGUGGUUUAGACCUUCAAAGUCUAUAUUUUAGGCUGCACAGUUACCUGCUGGACAGGUAGGAAGCAAAAAAAAAAGAAACAAAGGUAGGUUUUGAGUACAAAAGUACAGAAAAUGAAAUAAGGUUUUGCAGUAACGGAACCAGCUUUGCUUCCUCGCUGCCUCUUGUCUUGUGUCGAAGCGCUUGUUGGUUAACUGGCCUGUGUCUGUGUGCAGGAUUUGACUUCAUGUCCAGGCGGGGUUGUUAUAGUACGUCUUGUAAGAGGCUCACCGUGCCUGCCAAUUACUUGCUUCAUGUCCUUUGUUUAUGGAUUCGGUGUAAUCCGGUCACAGACACAGAGGAAAGGGCUUUUUUUUUUUUUUACUCACACAAAAAAAAGUAAGUGCUCAUGUUUUGACCACCAGGGAGCACUGCACCUAUAACUAAAUAAACAUCCCCCCUCCUCCCAUUCACAGAACCAAAACAAGAAUAAAAGAACAAACAUGCUUCUUCCUGUGGGUCUAUACUGUCCCUGCUGUGAGAAAUUGACAUAUUUUUCUCAGCGGGUCAUCAGCCUACAGAAGAUAAUGUGAUGAGCGUGGGCUCUCACGCUCUGUGACAUUUCCCCCUGCGGCAUUUGUAACUGACUGAAGGAACAAAUAAGUUGUCAGAUUGUAAUUGGUUAUUCAACGCAGGCAGUCAGCAGUAGCUUUAAUGUAAGUGGGGGGGGCAGAGGUAGAGAAGCAUGUCUGUGCCAGGGACAAUCAGCAGAUGCAAUUCAGGAAAACAAGCUCCCUCCCCGACGAUGAUGAGCCUGUCCGUGAGACGGGGGGGGGCGGGUGCAUCAGGUGAAGCCCGCGUAGCCUUAAAUCUUGUUGAUAAAAUGCACUAGAGUAGAAGCCAGCGUCUUCUCAGGACAGAGAGGAGAGCUUUUAUACCUCUGCUUUCAAUCGAAGGAAACGUUUGUACUAUAUAAAUGGUACACUGUUCAUUCUCAGCAUUGUAUAAAGAAAAGGGCAAAAAUGUAAAUAUGAUCAAUGUAUAAAACUAAUCGACUGUAAAAAAACGAAACAAAAAAACAAAACAAGAAAUAGUUUGAUUUGUGAUUUAUUGCAGCAUUUUGUAAGAAUGUUUUAUUUAUGUAUUACCCUUGUCCUGGGGGUGGUGAACAAAUGUAAAAGCAUAUUUCUCUCACAAUAAUAAUAAAACAAAAAUCAUAACUCAGUAAA